AUGUCAAAAUCCGAAAACUUUGAGCGUAUGCUGAAAGUGAUUCGAUCUCAUACCAAGGGUAAAUUAGAGAAUCAACGACAGCCGGCUCUAUUGCUAUGUUCAAUUGAAAAGUACAUAGCUCAGAAAAAGCUUGAACUUUCUCCAGUCGUGUACAUGUCAGCUUUGACUGCCCUUAUAAUGCAAAGCGAUAAACUAGACUACUCUGCUGUUUAUUUAUUAUCAGUUGUACUUCCAGCUGUUCCCGAAAAGGAGAGACUCACUCACGCCAAAAUACUAGAAUCGCAUCUUGUUCCUUAUUUGAAAGAGCAAGACACUGAAGCUCCGACUAUUCGCUGUAUUUUGUUAUGCAUACAGGAAUUCUUAUUUGCUAUUUUGGCUCAAGAUAUCACUUUACAUUCUGAUUCCCUUGAAUUGUCAUUGGAAGUACUGUUGGAAUAUUCAAUUGAUUCCCGGCCGAAAAUUCGUAAAUGCGCUAUCCAAGCUUUACAGGGAGUUUCUGAGAAAAGCGAGGUUUCUUCAUCUUUCUUGACAUCUCGUAUCAUUGUUCUAUGUUCUCGAGUUUUCCGUGAAUUAAAUGAGUCCCCUUCUUCCGAUAAAGCAAACGUUUCAACUUCUAUUCAUUGCAUGCAGCUAUUGGAUGAAUUUGUUGAUUUUCAACAUGUGAGCGGUACCGAUCUUGGAACUACUACCGGUUCCUUGGUUUCCAUUUUGCAAUCCGAUAUAGCUUCUUCAGAGUUCGUUGUUCAGAAAGCUACUUCAUUGCUCGCUGAUCUUCUUUCGAAACGAAUCGAUGCUAUACCCGAUGCGUUUGUAGUUGAUCAAACUGACAAAAUGCUUCAAUCUUGGGGAAGAGCUCCAUUGAUUGCUAUUUUGUUCAGCACUACAUUUGCUAAAAGAAGCCAAUCCAAGGGGAUAAAAAAGCUUACCCAUUUAUUUGAUCUUUUGUUAGAAUCUGCGUUGGAUGAUACUGAUAGCAAUGAGUCCAAAUAUGGAUUUCUUAUUGAGGAAGACAGCAAUCUGGUUGAAAAUUGUUUGACUAGUACAUUGUCAAACAAAUCUAUUGCUUUACAUGUAAUUACACAUGUGACAGGAAAGAUUUCAAAGCUGAUUGGAUCCGCUCGUUCGUUACGUCCAAAGCGUACAUAUAUAGUUAAUAUCUGUUGUGCGUUCCUUACAUUGUUCAUGAAGGCGGCGCGUAAGGAGCAUAUGAGCAUGUUGUUUGAUACCUUUAAAGACAUUGCCCGUGUAAUAAACCAAUGGAAGACUCCAACAUCAAAAGAAGUAAAGCAGCUAUUCAAGGUAUCUUUUGAAAAAUUAGGUGUUGAGGAAACUAUAACAUCGUUAACACCUAAAAGUGAGCUUUCAAAAUUCCAACGAUAUUCUUGGCUGAAGGAUGUUUUACUUGAUACCAAAAAUAAUGACUUUUCAGGGUUUUCUAAUGUCUUUAUGCCGGUCAUUGAGUCAGGUACUCCUCAGUGGUGGUCAGUACUUCCCGCUUUUUGUUCGUCUGUAGACGAUCCUAAUGCUUUGAGUGAGGAAGUAUUGAAGAAUAUGGCUUCUACUGUAUACCAGCAUGAAAGAUAUCGUGAACCUAUUGUUAAAUCAUUCAUUUCGCUAUCCAAGGUUUCUUCAGUUCACUCCAUACUUUCAGAAAAUGCCGUGAAUAUAAUUGGUGUACUUGGUAACAUCCUUGCAUCUAUGCCUCCUGCCCAUACGCUAGCACCAUGUGUUAUUGAUGCUAUGGUCUCUAUAUAUUCUGUUUCUGCAGACAAGCAAUCUCAAAUUAUAAAGAUGCUCAUCGAUUCUGCUCCUUUAAGUGAUGCGAAUUUAGGUAACAAGGCAAUUGUCAAUGCAUUCCCUGCUUUGCUCAAUAUUGCUCCAAGUGACACUUGGAAACCUUUCUUGCCUCAUUUGGUAAAGCUUUUCAAUCAGAAACCCCCGAAGGAUUCUCAAAGCGAAACGUCCUCUCUAAAUUUUGGAGCUGGAUUUGCUUACAGGGUGUUGAAUGCUUGUCUUUCAAAUCCAAAUAUGGUGGAGACUGUAUCACCCUUCGUUGGUAAUUUGGUUGAAUCAUUAGUUGACGUCGGCGCCAGUAUUCAGUCCAACUCCAAAUUUACUACUCUUGAAAGGUUUAAGACUUGGAAGCUCCUCUUAGGUUUAAUACCCAAAGAUGAUUUACAUUUAAUGUCUCCUCUGAUUUCGGAAACGGCACUAGCAUCUAAGGAUCAUAUGGCUGAUGUACGUGCUAACGCGUACGAAUUGCUUGUUGAAAUGGGAAAUAUUAUGAAGAAAGGUGGUAAAAUUAAUCGUUCACGUAUUCAAGGGGCCGAUUCAAAUGAUGUGACGGUUCAAGCCUCUCUAAAAGAAUACUUCACGAUGGUAUCUGCCGGUCUUUUUGAGUCAACGCCCACUUUAACUACAUGUACAAUUCUUUCUUUAACAAGACUUUAUUACGAAUUUAAAGAUGAAAUUGAUGAAUCCAUCACCGACUCUUUGAUGGAGCUCGUCGAAUUAAAUUUGUCAUCAAGCAAUCAAGAAGUUGCGCGUACUGCUGUGGGAUUCGUCAAAAUGAUUAUUACAGUAAGUUCUAAGGCAACAAUAGAGCGAUUUUUGGAUUCUUUAAUGCCUUCAAUUUUCCGAUGGCUUAAAGAGCACAAUGCUUUUGUAAAAAUUAAAGCGAAACAAUUGCUUGAUAGAAUGUUGAGAGUAUUCACCUUCAGUGAACUCUCUAAGUAUACGCACGAUGCUGCUGAUAAAAAAUGGUUGGAACGGAUUUUGCAGGUUCGAAAUUCACGAGCAGAAAGAAAAGUUGAAGUCAAGGAUGAAGAAGGUGAAAGUGAAGCUGAUGAGAUGGAUUUGGAUGUUGACAUUAACGACAACGAUGUGCCAUCUAAUAAAGCAGAAAACAAAAAGAAAGACAACCGCCAAAGGGUCCCCAACAAAAGAGAUUUUGGGAACAAAAGGGAAAACAAGUGGAACAAUAGAGAGAACAAGUUCAGCUCAAGAGCAGCUCCAAAUAAAAGACAAAGAAAGCAGGUAUAG